GAGAGAGAGAGCUGAAGCUGGAGUUGGGUGCCUUUCCCCACCGGCUUGGCAGAUUUACAACAACGUCCUGCUGGGGGGCAGGAAAGCCGGACGGGCCGCGUGGCUCCCUGCCAGACCUGCCCUACAGCCUUGCGGGGGAGAGACGGCUCCAGGCCCGAGCAGGACCGUAAACAGCCGUCAACUUCAGGAGUAAAAUACAGGGGGAAAUAUAUACGCGCCCAUAUAUUUAGUGCAGAGGGGAAAGUCCAGUUCAUCCUCUCUCUGCAGCCAUGGACCUCAGCGGGGCAACCACCGCAGCGUUGCUGCUGCUGUGCCUUUCCUGCCUGGCUUUGUACCUGAAUGGGAAAAGGGGGGGCAGGAAAAGUGGGAAGAUGCCCCCCGGCCCAGCCCCGCUGCCUUUCGUAGGCAACCUCUUCCAGUUAGACCCCAAAGAAAUGCACCGAUCUCUGGAAAAGCUCAGCGAGAGCUAUGGCCCCAUCUACACCAUCCACUUGGGCUCACUGCCUUGCGUGGUCCUCUCCGGAUACCAGGCGGUCAAGGAGGCCUUGGUGGACCAGGCGGAUGACUUCAGCGGCCGUGGCGACUUCCCAGUCUUCUAUCGCUUCACCGGGGGCAAUGGCAUCGCCUUCUCCAAUGGGGAGAAGUGGAAGGUCCUUCGCCGCUUCGCUCUGCAGACCCUGAAGAACUUUGGAAUGGGAACGAGCAGCAUUGAAGGCCGGAUCCAGGAGGAGGCCCAGUUCCUGGUCCAGGAGUUCAAGAAAACUGGUGGGGCUCCAUUCGACCCCAUCAACCCCGUUUGCCGGGCCGUCUCCAAUGUCAUCUGCGCCGUGGUGUUUGGCCAGCGCUACGAAUACCAAGACGCCAACUUCCUCACCCUCCUGGACCACUUCAAUGAGAACUUCAAGAUCAUGAGCUCCAUCUGGGGGGAGCUCUACAACAUCUUCCCCAGCCUCAUGGACCUGCUGCCGGGGCCCCAUCACCAAAUCUUCCGCAACUUUGAGAAACUGCGUCAGUUUAUCGCAGAGCGCAUUCGGUGCCACCAAAAGGAUCUGGACCCUGACGCUCCGCGGGACUUCAUUGACUGCUUCCUCAUCCGCAUGGAGCAGGAGAAGCAAGACCCUCUGAGCUACUUCCACACGGAGACGCUGGUGAUGACCACCCACAACCUGUUUUUCGGGGGCACCGAAACCACCAGCACCACCCUGCGCUACAGCUUCCUCAUCCUCAUGAAGCACCCUGAAGUGGCAGCUCGAGUCCACCAGGAGAUUGACCACGUGAUCGGGCCGGACCGCCCCCCCUGCCUGGCUGACCGCAAGCACAUGCCCUACACGGAGGCCGUCCUCUACGAGAUCCAGCGCUACAUCAGCAUCCUGCCCAUGGGGCUCCCUCGCGCCGUCACCCGCGACACCCCCUUCCGGGGCUUCCUGCUGCCCAAGGGCACCAACGUGAUUCCUCUCCUGAGCUCAGUGCACUAUGACCCAACCCGGUUCAAGGACCCCACAGCCUUCAACCCAGCCAACUUCCUGGAUGAAAACGGCGCCUUCAAAAGCAGCGACGCCUUCAUGCCUUUCGCCCCAGGGAAGCGCAUUUGCCUGGGGGCCGGCCUGGCCCGAAUGGAGAUCUUCCUCUUCCUCACCACAAUCCUCCAGCACUUCAGCCUCCACCCCAUGGUCCCCCCUGCGGAGAUCGACCUGACGCCCCAAUGCACCGGCCUGGGCAACGUGCCCCGCCCCUUCGAAUUCAGGCUCCUCCCUCGCUAGCUGGAGCCAGGACACACAGAGAUAGCUUCCUUCACCUGCCACAGGACCAGAGAGAGACGCUCAGCACUGGCGCUGGACCCACAACCAGGCAUGGGGCUUCACUGCCCCCCCAACAAACAGUUGGGUCGUCACGCAUUCCUAGUCUGCACCUUGUACAGGUGAAACUCGGAAAAUUAGAAUAUCGUGGAAAAGUUCAUUUAUUCCAGUAAUUCAACUUAAAAGGUGAAACUAAUACAGUGGUGCCCCGCAAGACGAAUGCCUCGCAAGACGAAAAACUCGCAAGACGAAAGAGUUUUCCAUUUUUUGAGUCGUUCCGCAAGACAAAUUUCCCUAUGGGCUUGCUUCGCAAGACGAAACCUCUUGCGAGUUCUUGCGAGUUUGUUUCCUUUUUCUUAAAGCCGCUAAGCCGUUAAUAGCUGCUAAGCCGUUAAUAGCCGCUAAGCCGUUAAUAGCCGCUAAGCCGCUAAGCCGUUAAUAGCCGCUAAGCCGUUAAUAGCCGUGCUUCACAAGAUGAAAAAUCCGCAAGACGAAGAAACUCGCAGAACGAAUUAAUUUCGUCUUGCGAGGCACCACUGUAUAUGAGCUGAUGACAUGGCUCCCCAAAUCUCUUUUUUGAUGAGAGCAGCUUUUGCAUCUCAUUUGGAAACCAAGGCCCCAGAGUCUGGAGGAAGAAUGGGGAGGCACACAAUGCCAGAUGCUUGAAGUCUGGUGUGAAGUUUCCACAGUCUGUGUUGAUUUGGGGAGCCAUGUCAUCAGCUGGUGUUGGUCCACUGUGCUUCAUUAAGUCCAGGGUCAAGGCAGCUGUCUACCAGGAGAUUUUGGAGCGCUUCAUGCUUCCUUCCGCAGAUGAGCUUUAUGGGGAUGCUGACUUCAUUUUCCAGCAGGACUUUGGCACCUGCCCACACUGCCAAAAGUACCAAAACCUGGUUCAAUGCCCAUGGGAUUAGUGUGCUUGAUUGGCCAGCAAACUCGCCUGACCUGAACCCCAUAGAGAAUCUAUGGGGCAUUGCCAAGAGAAAGAUGAGAGACAUGAGACCGAGCAAUGCAGAAGAGCUGAAGGCUGCUAUUGAAGCUUCCUGGACUUCCAUAACACCUCAGCAGUGCCACAGGCUGAUGGCAUCCAUGCCACGCCGCACUGAGGCAGUAAUUGAUGCAAAAGGGGCCCAAACCAAGUACUGAGUACAUAUGCAUGCUUCUACUUCUCAGAGGUCGAAUACUGGUCUAUUUGCAAUCCUUGUUUUGCUGAUUUCAUUUAAUAUUCUAAUUUUCUGAGAUGGUUAAUUUGGGGUUGUCAUCGGCUGUACGCCAUGAUCAUCACAAUUGUAACAAAUAAGGGCUUGCCAUAUCUCGCUUUGCAUGUCAUGAGUCUAUCUCAUAUAUUAGUUUCACCUUUUAAGUUGAAUUACUGAAAUAAAUGAACUUUUCCACGAUAUUCUAAUUUUCCGAGUUUCACCUGUACAUAUUAUUAACAUGUGUGCACGAUUCCUCUUUCUUUACAUAAUUUGCUCCACAUUUGUUCUGCCUUUCUAUCCUCAACCUUUUUGCAGUUUCCACAGGUGUCGCUCAGAUGCUUUAAAGCAGUCCAUUCCCAAAUAUUUUGGGGCCACCCGCACCCCGGCUCCGUAAACUCAUCCCCAGCGCCCCCUGCCCUAUUAAAAACAUUGUUCGGACUAGCUGCUCUCAGCACGACCUGCUGAUAAAUAAAUUUUAAGGCAGUAACAACAAAUCGCACAUCUAUUCAAAAUCCAGUUGGAGGUACUGAGUUUCAUGAAUUCAUCCGCAUGAAUGAAGUUGGAUCCAGGGAUACCAGCUUAACUUAGGGUUGGCUUACGUCCGCAAUGUCCGGGACAUUUCCAGGAUUCUGCUGUCUGAAAGCGUUUGGGCAGGAAUCGCUUUAAUGCCCGGGCUCUUUGGAAGAGUCAGCGACACGAGGGUUUGCUGCCACCUAGCGCUGAUGCAAUUAAUUGCAUGCACACA